AUGCUGCUAAAAAAAGAUACACAUUCUGCAGUACGUCAGGUCAGUGUAUCUGGCACGGUGGGUUCUACAGUUGUCCUCCCAUGUGAACUGACAAGUGUAGACCCCAAUGAACCGGAAAUUAAAUGGGACUUUGCUUCAUAUCAGUAUGUGUUUGAGAGAUGGGGUGUACAAUCCUCUCAGGGUAAGGGAUAUGAGGGUCGUGUGGACGUUCCUGUGGAGGAGCUGCGUAAGGGGAACUGUUCACUGGUGUUACACAAUUUGAGAAAGGAGGAUGCCGGAGUCUACACCAGCUACAACGCAACAAGAUACAGAGGGACGUCUAAUUAUAUGACCUCGGCAGAGCUCCACAAUAACAAUGUUACACUUUCAGUCUCUGGUGAAGUAAUGAAGAGUCCUCACCCACUGGUCCUGGUCCUGUCCCUCGUCUCAUGUUUACUCGUCCAGCUCUUCUGUGGAGAAACAUGAGUGUGACCUACAGCUGUGUACAGGACUGUGUGUUUCAAUCACACACAGUAAACUACACACUGCAGCUUUUACACACUUUCCUGUCAGAACUCAGCAUUAGUG